AUGUCCUCUCCACCUCCGAAGAAACUGUUCGUCUUCGGUCUCGGCUACUCUGCAUCCCGAGCAGCUCGUGCGUUUCACGCUAUCGGGUACUCCGUCUCUGGUACCGUUCGGUCCGAAGAUGCCGCCACCCGCUUGACGCAACUCGACCCCAACGUGUUUCGAGGUCAGCCGUCUUCCAGUCAUCCUCAAAGCGUUUUCCUGUUUGACGGGACCACUUGGAGCCCUGACAAUUCAAUAGCGCCCCACGAAGCACUACGUGGGGUCACGCACCUACUCGUGUCUGUACCGACGGGGCACUCUGAAGAGGGUGAGGUAGACCCGGUGCUAAACGCCUUGAGAGCACCGCUCCUUCGAGCUACGAAAGACUCGAUCCAAUGGGUCGGGUACCUGUCCACGAUUGGAGUGUAUGGCGAGACGAACGGUCUUGAAGUUGACGAGUCGGCUCCUGUGGGGUCAUCGGUUCCUAGAUGUCAGCUGCGGAUCAAAGCUGAACGCUCGUGGCUCGAGUCAGGACUUCCAGCCCACGUGUUUCGAAUUGCAGGUAUCUACGGCCCCCGUCGAGGCACAGUCACAAGAGCACGAGUGGGAGCGGCCACGAGGAUCCACAUACCCGGUCGAAAAUUCAACCGGAUUCAUGUAGAUGAUAUCGUCAACGUCCUGCUGGCGUCAGCGGCGCAGCCAAAUCCUGGACGAAUCUACAAUGUCUGCGACGACGAACCCGCUCCAGCAGACGAAGUCACGGCUUACGCUUGCGAGCUGCUGAAUGUACACGUACCUCCUCGACUGUCGUGGGAAGAAGCGGAGAAGACUAUGAGUGCAAUGGCCAAGAGCUUUUACGCAGAGAGCAAGAUCUGCGCCAAUCGUCGGAUCAAGGACGAGCUGGGUGUCAAACUCUAUUACCCGACGUACCGUGAGGGAUUCCUUGCUCAAGUCUUGGAGGAAGAUAGCGAAGCUGGUAGUGACGUUCUAUUUCCGGUUGUUGGCAUGGCUUCGGAGCGGCUGGUAGUGCUCGUGGACUUUGGUUCAGAGCAAGCUGAGGCGUAUCUAGCCCUGCGACAAAUUGGUUUCCAACUAAGUCGAUUGAUCUGCCAGCCUGUAGUGCCUUGCAGCUUUCGCUUUUCGGAUCACAUUGACCCAAAGCAGUUGAACGACCUCGAAGCGAAAACGUUCGAAAUGGUGCUGAACGAACACCUAGCUUGUCGUGGACAGAAGGCCAGUGAGGUUGUUGUACUACCGCUGUUCUUUGGAAAGAGCUGCUGGCUGACGGAAUUCCUCCCAAAGACGAUCGCGAAAGUGUGGGCAACAGCGAUACCAGUUCCCUCGAUGCCGCUCACUGUUCGUGUUGGUACCUGCCUUGUUGACCAAGAGAACGUAAACGAUGAUCGGGUUGCUCAGAUCCUCUUGGAGCGUGUUCGAGCUGACGAGGUGGACUGGGAUACGACAAGUACAGACGUAUCUGUCGUAGUAGUGGACCAUGACACACCCAACGAAGACGUGCACAAGGCACGCGAGCUCGUUGCUCAGCAGCUCCGUAGCCAUUUGAUGACAAACGAGCGCGUCAAAGUGGUUGACUCCGCGCAUGUGGAGCGUUUUAGUCGUAUUGUAGGUCCGAAGUCUGAUUUUGAUGCACCGCUGCUCGACAAAGCUCUCCGUCGACUUGCCGUGGAACAGGGCAGCAUCGUUGUUGCCAAGAUGAUCAUUUCGAGUGACUGUGGCCCUGGCGAAGAUGACGACAUUGACGUUGUCGUCGACGACUUCAGAGCGGCUAAUCCGAGCGUGUCCAUUUUUGUCACGGAGGCUCUUAAAACGCACAAGCUGCUGUCUGAGAUAUUGCGGGACCGCUACCACAAUGCUCUGUCCAAUGAGACUCCUGAGCAUGUGUUGCCCUAG